CGAGCACACAAAUUCCACCAUCGGGCACACAUUUCCAAAGAAAGCAACACUCUACAGCCGUAGAUAGCUACACUGUACCGCUAGCCACAAAAACAAACCAUGAACCUCUUCAAGAAACUCUUCCGUCGCAAGAAGUCUAAGGCUUUGGUCAAAGAGACAACAGAGUCUGAUAGCAGGAAUACAUCAGCAACUGAACAAAGCUGGAAGCAUGAUCUUGUGGUGGCCUUUGUGCAGGAAUGGAACAAUCAUGACUUCGAAAGUGCCAAGAAGCUGGUUUCAACAGAUUUUGUUGUUGUGUUUGUAGCAGCUGACAACAUGGAGCUGGAAUAUCAAGACUUUGCUGCUGAGGUCAACAAAAUAUUUGAUGCCUUUCCAGAUUUUGCCUUCAAAUAUGAAUCCAUUGAAGAGCAGGCUGAUGGUGCGGUUGUCCUCCGCAAUUUGAUUCCCCAUGGGCACCAUACAGCCAAGCCAUAUGCCUUUGGACCAUGUCCUCCGAUUGAGCCAUCAGGACAGUAUGUUGAGAACUCACCAGAAACACUCUACUUCCACUUCAACGACAGCAAGAUCAGCAAGCAAGUUGUUCAUGCACAAGGUGAAAUGACAGGGCCACCUGGCAUUUACACCCAGCUUGGGGGCUUCCCAGCUUUGUAGUUGGGAAGGCUGCGGGUUGCCCGUGUUGGAUAGUGACCUGUGAUCUGUGAUGUGGAAGCAUGAGAGGUUUUCGUGAGGUAGGAUACAAGUGAGCCUCAGCUGUAGAGGUUUCUACUACAAUCUGCGUCCUGUUUGUCUGCAAUGGCUGGACGGUAGUAGUUAGCCAGUAAACAUUUAAUUAUUAGCUGCAUAAGUUUUGUCG